UAAAUAUUUCUAGUGAAUGUGAAUCUGAAGUGAAUCUAUUUAAUUGGUCACGUAUUCUAUUUCAGUUUUAUGUGCUGUUGUUAUGGAUACGGUAAACACGUGAGAGGCAAUAUGUGAAGAGGAUUGAACUCUUUGCGCAAGUGCAAUACGACCACCAGCACUUGAGGGGGUGGGCAGCAUGAGCGGGCGAAAGCAGGUACCUCCCUUGGGAACUUGCUCGUGAUGCUGUCACCCGAUUGCUUGCCUGAGUUGCCAACGAAGUCGAGCGAACCGUCCUGGUACUGUUGUGGGGGAAAGAUCCCUACGGAUUUCAAAACGAUGUUUGGCGAUAAGAAAACUCACACGCCGACCGACGGACAGUGGCAGCACUGACAACAGGAUUGGUCAGCAAGCUGAACCCAAACCAAUGGCAGACAUAUGAGAUCCAGAGGACGGUAACUAACCUGGGCUGCGGAAGAAGCAUGCGAGAGGGGCCAGAGCACCAGGUGUCCCUGCCGCUCUGAAAGGGUGCUGAUUGAAUGGAGGCCCCCAAGUUAAGGAAAUGUGUCCAGCCAGGACGCAGGGAUGACUGGCUGCCGGCCUCAGAAAAGAACCCUGUGCCCUCAAGCUCAGAGAGUGAUGUGGAGGGCCAGAGUGAUGGAGAUCGGUCAUGUAGACCUCAGGAGCGGGUGCCGCCUCUCACCCAGCCCAGGCCAGAGAAAUCCUCACAAACUACACCAUCACCACCUACAGAAGGGAAAGUGCGGCGCAGUUUGCUCAAUCUACCCAUGAUCAACCCUGAGAGGCUGCGGAUGGCCCGUGUUCUGGUGGACAAGGCUGUAAAAAUGCGGAAGAUAUUUUCCAUACAGGGCCCUUACCCUGUGGUCCGUGCCGCCCUGAGGGCGAGAGGGUGGGUGGAGCAUCGUCUGCCACGGGCCAAUCAACAGGCGAUACGUCGCCAUGGAGAGGAUGGAGAUGACACAAAUGAUGGGGAUGACAGUGGUGACGAUGAUGAGGAUGACGACAGUCCAGAGGAAUCUGAGAAAGAUGAUCUCGAUGAUUUGCAUAACCUGAUGUCACGACUGGUUAGGAAUGAGUUAUCAUUCUUCUACUGGACGACACGGAGAGACACCAUUGACACACGCUCACUACGGAAGGAACAGAUGGUCAAUCACUUUGCCAAGGCUGGAACCUUCACCACCAAGGUGGGUCUGUGUGUGAACCUGAGGAACCUUCAGUGGUUUGACGCAGCAGACCCAGAUAGCUUCUUUCCACGCUGUUACAGACUGGGUGCUGAGGAUGAGAAGCAUGCAUUUGUAGAGGACUUUAGGAGAACAGCUUGCACAAGCCUGCUUCAGUUCAUAGUGGAGAGAAGUCGAGGGGAGUGGGGCAUAGGAGAAGGAGGUGGCUCAGCUUGUACGACUGACCCAGCGCGUUCAACAUCUAAGAAACCCUGUAAAAGGCCGGCCAUGUCAUUGGUGAGCCCUAGAAUCAUUGAAAACGCUUUGCAAGUAUGCAAGGACUUCAUUGAUAGCCUGGAACACAAUGACAUAGACAUAUCCAUGGAAACGCCACCCAUGUUGACAGACCAGCAGUGGUCGGAGUUCAUUCACAGCUACUACUUGGUUGUCCAUGAUGGUGCUGAUGUUGAGGGCAGUGCUAGUUAUGUGAGUAGUUGCCAGGAUACGCUGCAGCGGCUACGUGAGGUCUGUCCACAGCUGGACACUGAUGGUGUCCACAACAUCUGGAUUGUCAAACCUGGAGCCAAGUCCCGUGGCAGAGGCAUCAUGUGCUCGAAGCGCCUGGAUGAGAUACUAAAGCUGGUGGAUAGCGACCCAACUCUGAUAAAGGACAGUAAGUGGGUGGUGCAGAAGUAUCUAGAGCGCCCUCUGCUCGUUCAUGGUACUAAGUUUGACCUGCGUCAGUGGUUUCUCGUCACUGAAUGGAAUCCCCUCACCAUUUGGUUUUAUAAGAAGUGCUACAUCCGCUUCUCUACCCAGCCUUACUCAGUGGAGACCAUGGAAAACUCUGUGCAUUUGUGCAACAAUUCCAUUCAAAAGCAUUUUCAGCCAUCGAUGCAGCGCCACCCCGAUGUUCCGGAGGACAACAUGUGGUCAUGUGACCAGUUCCGCUCCUACCUGACGAGGCAGGGGCUGGGGGCCAAGUGGGGGUGUGUGGUGGUUCCAGGGAUGAAAUCCGCCGUGGUGCAUGCUCUGCAGACGGCACAGGAUCUGGUGGAGUCGCGGCGAGGCAGCUUCGAGCUGUAUGGAGCUGACUUCAUGCUAGGCCGGGAUCUGAGGCCGUGGCUGCUGGAGAUUAAUGCAAGCCCUACCAUGGCCCCUUCCACAGCUGUCACAGCCCGAUUGUGCGCUGCAGUCCAGGAGGACACACUGCGUGUGGUCCUGGACCGGAGGUUUGAUCGCAGUGCCCACACAGGAGGCUUUGAGCUCAUAUACAAGCAGGCAGCAGUGGAUGUGCCUCAGUAUGUGGGGAUCAAUCUACUCAUUGAAGGCUCUCAGAUUAGGAAACCACGUCUUCAAAGGCCCUCUGAGCCUCUCUUCAUCCCACCACCCCCACUGCGGCGUCGCUCACCACCCAAAGAGAAUGAAGAAAAGACUGAGAAACCACCGCCUCCUGGCACCAAGAAGUGGUUCAGGUCAGUGGUGACAGACACGUUAAAAAAUGCAAGGGUGCCACCAUCACCGGCAGUGGAGAGGCUGGGAAGACUGGGGGCUAGAGAGGCACAGAGAUGUCCUCACCACAUCACCAUCCCAGAGAGCUUGAAACUGCCGCCCAGGGUGCUAACUCGGUCCCUGGGUGUGCCUUUAAGGAAGGCAUUCCUCUAUGGACCCGCAGUGAGGCCCAGAUCAGGGCGGGCUCAUGCUAUGGAGUUUGCCCCUGUUCUUCCUCUGGAGGUGUUCAGUCUACAUGAUCCAGACAGGGGCCCAACUUUAGUGGUUCCCACUCCAAUUAUCCCACAGGCUAGUUUCCGGUACCAAACCCUCUCCCGACGCCAAUAUAAAGGAGUCACCUUGGUUGGCCGGAGCAUGCAUAAAAUAUGAUUGUGUUUAAAGACGUACAACUUGUUUAAAAUAACUUUGCACAUAUAUACAUAUAAUAACCACUGUACCUCACAAUAAAGUAUCAUGCAUCCAAA